GAGGAGCGGUGUCCAGCGAGGAGGGGUCUGUCUCCGGGUAUAAAGUCGGCUCUUCACGCCUCCUCCGUCCUUCUUCUUCGUCCUCCAGCUGCUCCUUGUACCUCCUUCCCUUUUCGCCUUCAUCAUGGGCUUCGGUGACCUGAAAUCAGCCUCUGGCCUCAAAGUGCUGAAUGACUUCCUGUCGGACCGCAGCUACAUAGAGGGGUACGUCCCCUCUCAGGCCGAUGUGGCAGUCUUUGAGGCGAUCUCGUCGCCACCCUCAGCCGAUCUGCACCACGCCCUCCGCUGGUACAACCACAUCAAAUCCUAUCAGGACCAGAAGAAUAGUCUUCCAGGUGUGAAGAAACCUCUGGGUCAGUAUGGUCCUGCAGGUGUAGCCGACACCACCUCUAGCUCCGCCCCCGCCGCUGCCUCAAAGGAUGAUGACGACGAUGACAUCGACCUGUUCGGCUCUGACGACGAGGAAGACGCAGAGGCCUCCAGGCUGAAGGAGGAGCGUCUGGCAGAGUACGCCGCCAAGAAGGCAAAGAAGCCCACCCUCAUUGCCAAAUCUUCCAUUCUAUUGGACGUCAAGCCAUGGGACGACGAGACAGACAUGGCCACGCUGGAGGAGUGUGUUCGCAGUAUUCAGAUGGAUGGGCUGGUCUGGGGACAGUCCAAACUGGUCCCGGUGGGUUACGGCAUCAAGAAGCUGCAGAUUGGUUGUGUGGUUGAAGACGAUAAGGUGGGUACAGACAUCCUGGAGGAGCACAUCACAGCCUUUGAGGAUUACGUUCAGUCGAUGGAUGUUGCUGCUUUCAACAAGAUCUGAAAACGCAACAAACUUCAAAUCAUGUUCAUAAUAAAAAGCACUUCAACACAAA